ACUAAUGGCGAACAAGCUCUUCCUCGUCUCGGCAACUCUCGCCUUCUUCUUCCUUCUCACCAAUGCCUCCAUCUACCGGACGGUGGUCGAGUUCGACGAAGAUGAUGCAACAAACCCAGCCGGCCCAUUUAGGAUUCCAAAAUGUAGGAAGGAGUUUCAGCAAGCACAACACCUAAAAGCUUGCCAGCAAUGGCUCCACAAGCAAGCAAUGCAGUCUGGCAGUGGUCCUAGCUGGACCCUCGACGGUGAGUUUGACUUUGAAGACGACAUGGAGAACCCCCAGGGUCCACAGCAGAGACCGCCUCUACUCCAGCAGUGCUGUAACGAGCUCCACCAGGAAGAGCCCCUUUGCGUUUGCCCAACCUUGAAAGGAGCAUCCAAAGCGGUUAAACAACAAAUUCAACAACAGCAGGGACAACAGCAAGGAAAGCAGCAAAUGGUGAGCCGUAUCUACCAGACAGCUACGCACUUACCUAAAGUUUGCAACAUCCCGCAAGUUAGCGUAUGUCCCUUCCAGAAGACCAUGCCUGGGCCCUCCUACUAGAUUCCAAACGAAACACUCGAGUGUAUGAAUGUGGUUGUCGAUAUAUGUCAACACCACACCUCAUCGCGUGUUUCAUAAUAAUAUGUAAGGUUUUAUCUAGGAUGUUUGAGGCUAAUGUAAAAUUAGCACUACUCCAUAAUAAAAGAGAGGCUCUUAAUGUUUAAUUUA